AUGAGUUGCAAUGACAAAACUUCUGGUGGUAAUCUCCACGUUAGGGCUGUAAUUUGCAAUGCUGCUGCUGGUGCCGCUUCUGGGGCAAUAGCGGCUACAUUUGUGUGCCCAUUGGAUGUGAUCAAGACUAGGCUACAAGUCCAUGGCCUUCCUCAUGGGCAGAAAGGUAAUGUCAUUGUCACAAGUUUGCAAAAUAUAGUAAGGAAUGAAGGCUUCAGGGGAAUGUACCGUGGCCUUUCACCAACGAUACUGGCAUUACUUCCAAACUGGGCAGUUUACUUCACAAGUUAUGAGCAACUAAAGGGCCUGCUUCGUUCCCGUGAUGGUUGCAACGAACUCACAACUAUGGGAAAUAUUAUAGCUGCUGCUGGUGCUGGGGCAGCAACAGCAAUUUCUACAAAUCCAUUAUGGGUUGUUAAGACAAGACUACAAACACAAGGAAUGAGGCCUGAUGUUGUUCCUUACAAGAGUGUUCUUUCUGCUCUGACUAGGAUUACACAUGAGGAAGGCAUACGAGGCCUAUAUAGUGGCAUUAUUCCUUCAUUGGCUGGUAUAAGUCAUGUUGCAAUUCAGUUUCCAGCAUAUGAAAAGAUCAAGUCAUACAUGGCAGAAAAAGACAACACAACUGUUGAUAAGCUAAGUACUGGGAGUGUUGCCAUUGCAUCUUCAAUUUCAAAAGUAUUUGCCUCUGUAAUGACUUAUCCACAUGAGGUAAUACGAUCCCGGCUGCAAGAGCAAGGGCAGGCAAAAAAUAAUGGGAUCCAAUAUGCAGGGGUUGUUGACUGUACUAAGAAGGUGUUUCAAAAGGAAGGCAUUCCAGGAUUUUAUCGUGGUUGCGCAACCAAUCUAUUGAGAACAACUCCAUCUGCUGUUAUUACAUUCACGAGUUAUGAGAUGAUAAACAGGUUUUUGAAGCGAGUUGUAGCCCGAGAGGAUAAGGGGUAUCCUCAAGGCUCUUCCAAAUCCAAUGAACCGAACAAACCCCACCCAGAAGCCAGUGGCAUCGAUAGGGGGCCACCACCUUCUCAGUCUAACAUGAAAGCUUCGUCAAUUCCUCUCGGAAAGAAAGAGCAGCUAACAAGACAUUGA